AAGGUGUCCUUGGAUAGCCUUUGAAGUGUAGUUUCAUAAUUGAGUGGCCUUUGUUCGAGUAGAGAGAGCAAUCAUCCAAAAAUCGAUCUGGAACGAGCAGUGGUCUGUGAACUCGAGCUGUGGGAGUGCUGAGACUGUUUGGUCGAUAUCUCGAGUUUUACAAAUCCAAUUAAGGCGUGUGAGAUACCCACAGAAAGCUCUCAAGACGAGGAAUCCGUGAAAGUCUGGUUUGCAGGAAUCGGAGUUGUGGAAGGCUUCCAAAUCGUCCGAGCAAAACACAACCUCGCAGGAGAGGAUUUGAUCUUCUAAAAGAAACGAGUUGACCGGGAAACACCCGUUCUAGGGGCUGUUUUCGUAUCAACGAUUAAGGGUUGAACUAGCACUUUGAGGAGGCUGUUUAACACUCAUACUUGAGCAAGGAAUCAGUUCCAAAUCCACCUUGACCAAAGCUUUGACCAUUGGACCAAGAAGGGAAAGUUUAAAGCUCAAUUGAGGUUGAGGCUAAAGCUUGCUUCCUGUGCUCGUUGCUCGAGAGAUCAUCUAGGAGCGAAGACUUGGUUCGUGCUUCCUCCAUUCGGAUUUUAAACAUUAAUAAACAUGCUCAUGGAUAUUUUAUUAUAGAGCCUGCGUGCUCAUGAUUAGCCCUGUGUGGCCCUUUUGUUUUAAACAAUGUUUUCCGCUGCUUUAUGAAUUACUUAUUAUGUUGUUUAUGGAUGACUUAUGUGUGAAUGAUAUUCAUGACGCCUUGUAUAAGAUGAAUGUGUUGGACUGCGGUCGACUAUUCGUAUUGUACGGCGGGUUGUUGACGUGUCCGGGGAGGUCCGGGGCGUGACAAUUAAGUUGGUAUCAGAGCCUUAGUCCAUAAACUUCAUAAUGAAGUCUCAAAAUUCUCUUUUUGAAAAGAUUUUGAAAACCAUGAGCAUAGAAGUUUUGUACUUGGAGAGCUUUUGGUACUUGGGUUGCAAGGUCUCUAAUUGUUAAGAUGGUACCCUUAGCAAUUGGUAUGGCGGUGACUCGAGCCAAAAUGUGUCUUAAGUACCUAUCCGUCAAUUGACAUUUGAUACGAGUCUAACGACUCCUUCCAAAUUUCUUUCAGAAAUGGACCGUGGUGGCAGGAUUACUAGGAGAAACCCGACUGGCCGUGUACCAGUGGAGACUGGACAGGGCAGUCGAAGGACCUCUAGGGCAUCUAGAGGAGCUGGCCGUGGAGGCCGGUCACAGACCGUGAGUGACGGUCAUGUCGACACGGAAAGUGAAACCUACUGGUCCUAUGAGGACUCGACCUAUCGACCGGAAACUGAACCGGUUGAGACCCCUUAUGAAGGGGAUGAUGAUGAUGUAAGUGAUGAGGAGGAAAAUGGCUCCUUAGCACGGAUUGAAGCACUACUUCAACAGUACCACCGUGAGCGUGAGGAGAGGAGGGAACGCCGAAGGCGCCGGGCUGGGCAACCUUCGGGCGGGGCUUCAAGAGGGAGAAGCCAUGGCGACUCUAGGGCCCACACUGAACCACAUGGGGGUCGGGGUGAUGGAGGUCCGGUCAUAAGGAUCUCCAAAUACAUCAAAGAGGCACGAGACUUGGGGUGCAAACCGUUCGAUGGGACGGGUGACAUCUCCGUUUCGGCACAAUGGAUUAAGCGGCUGAAUGAGGCAGCCCUGGACAUGCAACUCACCCCCGAAUAUAAACUAAGGGUUGCGGUGAGAUUGCUUGAAGGUAUGGCAUCCAAGUGGUGGGAUGGGACCAAAGGCAAAUAUGGCGAGACUGUCACUUGGGAGGAUUUCCGACAGGAAUUCUUUGCCCAAUAUUACUCGGACUUUGAGGUGAACAAGAAAGUGAGGGAAUACACCCUUCUAACCCAAGGGGGUAACAUGACGGUGAGGGAACUUGAGUACAAGUUCAGGGAUCUUUCCGAUUACAUACCUGAGUAUGCUUGCGACGAGAACCGGAUGGUGAACCACUUCUGGGAUGCUCUAGACUUGGAGAUACGUGACAGGGCAACACAAUUGCCUAACAUGACGUUUGCCCAAGUGGUUGACCAAGGGUUGAAAGGAGAGAAGCAAUGGGAAGAAAGGAAGAAGAGAGACGCCGAGGAGGCGAAAAAGAGAAAGUGGGAGAGUCAUGGCUCCCAAGGUUCCAACAAAAAGGGGAACCACGGGGGAGGAUCUUUCCGGGCACCACCGCCACCAUAUAGGGGGAACCAAGGCCCGAGUGGGCAAGGCGCGAGGUCACAAACCUCAGUGGUAGCUCGUUGCAACAAUUGCAAGAAGAACCACUCCGGUAAAUGUCGCGACCCCCCUAGAUGUUUUCAAUGCGGGGAUGCCGGGCAUUUGAAGGCACAUUGUCCACAAUUGAGUGGGGCAAGGACAUCGGGACCAAGUAGUGGCCCGACGGGUACGCGGAAUCAACCCGGGGCUUCUCAAGCAAGCCGGGGACAUGGGGGAGCAAGUGCGAGCAACGCGCCAUCCGUGAACCACGGGAGGACCCAGGCUAGGGUCUAUGCGAUGACGGAGGCGGAUGCUCAAGCUAACCCGGACUCCGUCGCAGGUAUUGCCUCUCAUAUACUAGUGUUUUAUCCUUAAUUAGUCCAUAAAUUGGGGAUACUAAUCGCUAGGAUCAUUGCACGAGGUUUUGGGGUCGAACCGGGGGAUUUCGGGCAACUUCAGGCGGCUGGGACCCAGGCACGAUCGUGCCUAAGGCAGACACGAUCGUGCCUCCAAGUCAGUAGCUG